GUUCACCUUACACAGUGACAACAUCAACACACAAAGGUCACAGUUGAGAAAAAGCGAGGACUCAUAUGUUCUUUACAGACAAAGUGAACCAAAGCCAACAAGUUAGAGAGGAGGGGAGGCAUAACGGAUUACCAUGGUGGCCAUCACAGAGUUCCAGAAGAUUGGUAUUGGUGUGAUGGGAUUUGGUUUAUUCUUCCUGCUCUUUGGUGUGCUGCUGUACUUUGACUCUGUCUUGCUGGCAUUUGGGAAUAUCCUGUUUUUGACUGGGUUGACAUUCAUCACUGGUUUCAAAAGGACAGCCCACUUCUUCUUCCAAAGACACAAGUUUCGAGGUUCUUUUUUCUUCCUGGGGGGCGUGUCUCUGGUGUUGUGCCGUUGGCCAAUCAUUGGAAUGCUGGUGGAGAGUUAUGGCUUUGUGCUUUUAUUCAGGUCCUUCUUCCCCAUGGUCUUGGGAUUUGUGCUGUCAGCUGUUAAUAUCCCUUUCCUCAAUGCCUUUUUCUCCAACAGCUCCUCCAUGGUCUGAGCAGAGGAACAUGUUACAGCAGUGAGAGAGAAGAGGGGUGGGGGUUGACCAGUAAGAGUAGUUUAUUUUUACAAUGUACUGUAUUUUGUACCAUAUUAGGUUACAAUUAAUAACCAAGAAGUCAAAUGCUUAAAAGCUACAAAAUAAAAGAAAAUCUUGUUGUACA